AUGGAGAACGCAAACCUUCCCCGACCAUUCCUUAUCGAGUUUAACGGACGCUUUGUAGCAAAUCCGCCCAUGGAUGACAGCAUGGAGGAUCUUGGUGGGAGAGUUCCAGCCAAGGUUGGAGAUCGCAAGGAUGCUGCAGUCUUUACGCUACGCGAUGGCUAUCUGUGUAAAGCUGGUCAAAACCAAGAAAUGACCUUUGGACGUUUCAAAAUCGAGCCGCUCGCUUUUAUGCCCAUGCCCGUGUAUUGGAUGUUGAAUCGUAACAUGGCGCAACCAUGCAAAUACAAUGGGGAGGAGAACUCACCUAAGCUAUUCGAGUCUAGUGGAUUCCAUAUCGGCGUGCUACCUGGCGAGGAGAAUUUGGUCCGCGCAAUGCCUCCCCAUAUGUUCCCUGGUUCCGAGAUGAAGGUGCAUUGGCAGUAG